AUGUCCCCCGCCGCGCCUAACGCGCUCUCCGCAGCCAUCGCUGGCGUGUCAACAUUCGCCACCCGCCGCCGCAGCAGACAACGCGAGUCGCCACCACCAGGCAGUGAUAGCUGUUAUGGCGUGCGCAGUCUCCAUUCCGCAGAGUGGGAGGAGAACGAGUCGAGUGACAGUUCAUCCGAGGACAAUCGCGCCGACGAGCAAUUCGACAAUACUCCAGGUGCAACGAGCUCAUCACUUCCCGUAUUUGGCGCGUCUACUUGCUCCACAUCGAGCAGUGCAACCAUGCUUAGCCCCCAAGAGAGAGAGAGCGAGAUGCAGAGUCCGCGUCCUGGACUCGCGGCAAUUGACUCGCCGCCCCGUCUCGAGGGCACGCCGACACCCCCAGCCGCAUCACUUCAAAGCUACGCCCUCGCUUCCCCUCCCAUUCCCACUUACUCGUUCCCAUCCCCGCCCAAUCCCGCUUACCCCAUCCACCCUUCACCCAAUUACCGCAUCCCUUCCCCACCUCUGGCGCGCCGCCCGCCACCCCUCGCCCAUAACCUCUUCGAUAUGCUGGCUGACGCGCCGACCGCGUCCGAGCCCUCGUCUCCUGCUUCGUUGGAGUCGAUGUGCGUCACCUCAAUCUCCUCACUCUCCCGCACUUCAUCUCUCCUAGACGACUGGAGACCAUACGACAGUGAAGCCGAGCGGCGCGGCCUCGACGCGUUGGGCCUCGAAACCCGCCCCAUUUCCCAGAGGGGAGACACUGAGCUUGUUCUCCCAACCCUUUCGUUACCCUCCACCUCGCUCCACCUUGGUCUGGAGCGAUGGAACGGCGAGCCUGCCGGAACGCGCGUCGCCCUCCUCGCGGGGCCAGAGCGCACACGUGACGUCCUCGGCGCCCUCGCGGCUCGGCGGAAAUGCGUCCAGCUCCCCCAUGGCCAUGUGGGUGUCGUGGAGAACGGUCACCUCGCUGCAACCAUCCUCACCGGUCUCAAGGCGGCCGACGUUAGGGAUCGCGCUAGCGACGCGUACGCCUCCCUCUACUACUUGCUGGAUUCCGAUGACGACACCCGCAAGCUCGAGGCUGUGAUUGCUAAUCAUGCGGCCCAUGCAGAUUGGGUCCACCUCGUCGUGCCACUGGAUGACGCAGAUACGCGCGACCUCGACGGCGCCGUGCCGGUCAAGACACUGCGCGACGAGGCGGCCCGCCUCGCCGCCGAGGUGGCACGCGAGGACGCACAGACGGCCGCCCUAGUCCAGGCGGCAGCGGACAGUAUGCUGGACCUCCCUGGCCCUAUGGCCAUGUCGCGCAGAGAGCCAACUCCAGACGUGCCCUCACCGUCUAAGACGCCUAACCCCGAACACGCAACAGCGUACGACCGCGAGCCUGAGCCAUGGCAAUUUUCAGCCCGUCUCCCAGGUCUACAGGAAGAGGACGAGACGGCGGCCUCGACCGCCUCCCUCCUAGACCCAGACGUCAUGGCGACAGUCGCGCUCCUCGAGCGCGUCCUAGCUGACCCAAACCCAACAGUGAAGGCCUCGACCGCCACAUGUCUAGCGUACGUCCCACCUUCGUCCGAAACUUCUCCAGCGAGCUCGACGUACGCCGCGCCACUCCCCACAAUCCGCUCAGCAGGGGGUGAAUGGGAAGCGACGCUAAGCCGCCGCCUAGCCCAUCGCCGCGAGCUGGAUGUACAGGCACGUCGUCGCAGGCCUCGUCCCCGUAGGCGGCAGGAGACCCCGGACCCCUGUGGUCCGCUCUUCCCUCCGCGCGGGGGAACGAGUUCGGUCGGCCUAGCCGGUGCGGUUGCGCGUGCCUUCGCACCGAUGAAGAAGGUACUCGCUCGCACGACUUGGACGCAGGUUGCCAUCGCGUGCGCCGUCGCCUUUGCGGUCGGGUGCGGCCUCUGGGCCGUACGCGCGCGUUAG